AUGCAUGAGGCUAGUCGAGAGAGUGUAUGGUUGAGAUCUAUGACACAACACAUCAGUACCACUUGUGGUAUAACCAAAGGAAAUGAUCCACCUACCAUCCUAUACGAAGAUAACACAGUCUGCAUUGCUCAGUUUAAAGAUGGAUAUAUCAAAGGAGACCGGACGAAGCACAUUCUUCCAAAGUUCUUCUUUACCCAUGAGCUCCAGAAGGCAGGAGAGGUCCAAGUGUUACAAGUCAGUUCAAGUGAGAAUUCAGCCGAUCUCUUCACCAAGUCCUUAGCCACAUCAGUGUUCAAGAAGCUCGUGCACCAGAUAAGCAUGCGUCGACUGAAGGAUCUACGGUGA